CCUCGCCCAAUGACUACCUUGCGCAAACCACCAUGAUCCUACGACACACUGCUGCCCGCAUGGCACCCGCCAACCGCCUCAUUGCCAUCAUCGGCGCCACCGGCACGGGCAAGUCGCAGCUGGCCGUCGACAUUGCCCGCCGCUGUAAUGGCGAGGUCGUCAAUGCCGACGCCAUGCAGCUGUACACCGGCCUGCCCAUCAUCACCAACAAGAUGCCCGAGCACGAGCGCGCCGCCGUCCCCCACCAUCUUCUCGGGACAAUCGCCCUCGACCAAGAGACCUGGACCGUCACCGAGUUCGUGAGCCGCGCGCGCGACGUGCUGGCCGACAUACAUGGUCGGGGGAAGGUGCCGGUGCUGGUGGGUGGGUCGCACUACUACGUGCAGAGCCUGCUGUUUGAGGAGACGCUGGUUGACGGCGGCGACGAACGCGGCGACAGCAGCGCCUUCCCCAUCCUCGACGAGCCCACGCCCGUCGUCCUCGCGCGCCUACGUGAAGUCGACCCUGCCAUGGCCCAGCGUUGGCACCCCAACGAUCGCCGCAAGAUCCAGCGUUCGCUCGAAAUUUUCCUCAAGAAGGGCAAACCCGCCAGCCAGACUUACGCCGAGCAGCGCCUGCGCAAGCAACAGUCCGAUCCCGAUCCCACAUCCAAGCUCACCGAUUCCAGAGCCCCGCCGUCGGGCAUGCGCUACUCCGCUCUCCUCUUCUGGCUUCACGCUGACAACGCCUGCCUGCGCGCCCGCCUUGAUGCCCGUGUCGGAAACAUGCUUGACGCCGGACUGCUCGAUGAAGUCGCUGAACUCGACGCGCUCCGCAAGCAACGCGAAGCCAUCGCCCCCGUCGACCUUUCUCACGGAAUCUGGGUUUCAAUCGGAUAUAAGGAGUUUGAGGUAUACCAGCAUGCGCUAGCCGCUGCAAAUGGUAACACAACCGGCAAGGGCGGAGAAGUAAGCAAUGCUCAGGCCAAAGAACUUGCGCUUUUGCGGGACGAGGCAAUCGACCGCACGCGCGUCGCGACUCGCCAGUACGCGAAGCGCCAGAUUCGAUGGCUACGUAUAAAGAUGCUGCGGGCGCUGGGGGAGCAGGCGCGGCGAAGCCUGUUCAUCCUCGACGGUACGGAUGUUAGCGCCUGGGACACGGCGGUGAGCGCACCAGGCGUUCGUGUCGCGCAAGCGUUUCUGGCAGGCGAGGAAUUGCCUGAUGCAUGGGACGUAGUCGGCGCAAGCGAAGAGGCACGUGCGCUGCUUCGGUUGUGUGAGCAAGGUGGCGAAGGCGCAGAAGAGACAGGCGUGGGUGUCAGGAGGGAAUGCGAGCUUUGUGGAACGAUAGCUGUUACGGCUGCUGAUUGGGAGAAGCAUACGAAUAGCAGGAAACAUAAGAUUAGGACGAAGAAAACUAGGGAUAUGAAGGCGAAGGAAGUGACAGACGUGGUAAGCGGUCCGGACAAAAAGGAUGGGGCUGGUCGGAAGCGAGAGAGAGAAGAGACACCCGACGCAGCUGUCAAAGAGCUUGAAAGAACGCGAUGAGUCCAACGUCAAGGUUGAGGAUGAUGCGAAAUAAACCUUUCCUCACAUACAUUCACGCUUCGAUAGUAGCGACGCACGCCACCCUUGGAUGACAGUUGUCCUCUCGACCGAUUACCGAACACCUCAGCGACAGCCGACUAUCAUCGGGUCGCCAGCUGUAUUGUCGUACACUCAUUCAUCCUUCAGCCA